CCGCCGGCGACGCCCGGCGAUGACGCGUGACGGCAGACCCCACCCCUUUUCCCGCGCCAUGUCGCGGUGUGAUGACGUCAGCGCGGCAAUGGCAGCGGCAGAGAAGGCGCAGCGAUACGAGGCCUUCGUCAGCGACGUGCUGCGCCGAGACCUCCGGCGGGUGCAGGAGCAGCGGGAUGGCGUCUUCGAGCAGCAGGCCCAGGUGCUGCAGCUGCGCACCAGCCCUUACCCCGCCUCCAGGAGGCAGCUGCUCCGCUGCACACCCAGGUCGACCUCGGCUGCAACUUCUUCGUCACCGCAGAAGUCCCAUCCCCCCAACGAGUGUUUUGUGGCUCUGGGCUAUGGGUUCUUUGCCGAGCUGACGCUGCCAGAGGCCCUGCGCCACCUUGACCGUCGCAGCCGACUCCCUUGACCGGCUCAGUGAAUCCCUGACACGCGAUGGGGCCAAGAUCCGGGCGCACAUCCGGCUGGUGCUGGAGGGCCUGCGGGAGCUCCAGGGUCUCCAGGACCCGCCAACGACCUCUGACCCCUGACAGCCUCAGGCACGUCACCCCCCUGAGGGUCCUGAGCAAAGUAUGUGUACAUCCAGCGUGAGGCCUGUGUAGGCCUGGAGAAAUGUCCAUGUAAAGCUCGAGUAAAGACGUGUAAGACAGCAGUAAAAGCAUGCAUGAGUAUA